ACGGCCAUCAGACAAAGAGUGUCGCUGACGUUGUGCGGUUGUGUGCUUCUUGAAUAAGAUCGCACAACCACUCACACUUUUUUUGUGAAUAAAAAAUACCAACAAAAAUACAUAAAAAAAUAUUAAAAAAAUAAAAAACACCCCAAAAAAAUCGUAAAACAGUCGAAAAAGAAAAGAAGAAACCCCGUGCUCUCCGCGAACACCACCUUCCAUCUAUCGCAACUGAAAGGAAGUUUUCAUUUCACAAAAAAGUCUUGCAAAAGUGACCGCCAAUUGAAGCGAAACUCGAUCGUCGUUCCGUGCGUGUGUGCAUCUGAGAUACAAAAGAUAAAACCGAAAGUUUCAUCGGUUAGUUUUUCUUGCACUUCAGAAGCUCUACAUCGCGCUUGGUUUUCUGCUCUUUAGCCACGCGAACCAUCAUCAUCAUCGUUAGCACACGAGAGCCAGAAAGGAAGUUUUUCCUGCUUUCUCCCGGUGGCCGUUUCUAAGAAACCGAGUGAAAAUUUAACGAAAGCAGCGCCGCCUCUUAGGAAGUGGAAGUGAAAGUUCGCGAGACUCAAGGCUUGGACCCACCAGCGCUCGCCAGCAGCUUAUUUGCAGCCCACUAGCUGAGGAAACAGAAGAAAAAUGAAUCCCGGAGGACCGAACUACCAGAUGGCAUCGCUGUACGUCGGCGAUCUGCACUCGGACAUCACCGAGGCGACGCUGUUCGAGAAGUUCUCAUCGGCUGGACCGGUGCUCUCCAUCCGCGUGUGCCGUGAUCUGAUCACCCGCCGCUCCCUGGGCUACGCGUACGUCAACUUCCAGCAGCCCGCUGAUGCUGAACGCGCUCUGGAUACUAUGAACUUCGACCCGAUCAAGGGCCGCCCGAUUCGCAUCAUGUGGUCGCAGCGCGAUCCAUCGCUGCGUAAAUCUGGCGUCGGCAACGUGUUCAUUAAGAACCUCGACAAGAAGAUCGACAACAAGGCAAUGUACGAUACGUUCUCGGCGUUUGGCAACAUCCUCAGCUGCAAGGUCGCGCAAGACGACAAGGGGCAGAGCAAGGGCUAUGGGUUCGUGCACUUUGAGACGGAAGAAUCGGCCAAUACUUCGAUCGACAAGGUAAACGGAAUGUUGCUGAACGAGAAGAAGGUGUUCGUGGGACGGUUCAUCUCGCGCAAGGAGCGCGAGAAGGAGCUCGGCGAAAAGGCGAAGCUGUUCACGAACGUGUACGUGAAGAACUUUGGCGAGGACCUGACGGAGGAAGCUCUGCGCGAUAUGUUCGAAAAGUAUGGCCCGAUCACUAGCCACCGCGUGAUGAUGAAGGACGGCAAGAGCCGUGGAUUCGGUUUUGUGGCGUUCGAGAAUCCGGAAGCUGCCGAGCGCGCGGUGCAGGAACUGAACGCAAAGGAGCUGUCGGAUGGCAAGGUAUUGUACGUGGGCCGCGCCCAGAAGAAGAAUGAGCGCCAGAUGGAGCUGAAGCGUCGCUUCGAGCAGUUGAAGCUGGAGCGUUUGACGCGCUACCACGGCGUCAAUCUGUACGUGAAGAAUCUGGACGACACUAUCGACGACGAGCGGCUGCGCAAGGAGUUCGCUCCGUAUGGAACCAUCACGUCGGCGAAGGUGAUGUUGGACGAGGGUCGCUCCAAGGGUUUCGGUUUCGUGUGCUUCUCGGCACCGGACGAAGCGACGAAAGCGGUCACGGAGAUGAACGGUCGCAUUGUCGGCAGCAAGCCACUGUACGUUGCGUUGGCCCAGCGCAAGGAAGAGCGCAAGUCGCACCUGGCCAGCCAGUACAUUCAGCGUGUCAACAGUCUGCGCAUGCAGCAUAUCGGCCAGGUGUACCAGCAGAGUGGCAGCUACUUUAUGCCAACCAUCGCUCAGCCGCAACGCUUCUACGGGCCGCAGGUGGCACAAGUGCGCACCGCUCCGCGCUGGUCCGCCAAUGCGCCGAUUCGUCCCAAUGCCGCCAACCAAAGCGUGGCGGCCAAUGCACCGGCCGGCGGCUACCCCGCGAUGACCGCUGCGGCGGCCCAUGCCGCCAACAACCAGUACCGCCAGGCGGGUAAUGUUCGUGGCGCCAACCAGCAGGCUCCGAAUGCGCAGUCUGCUCAGGCCAACUCGGCAGCUAUGCGCAACUCGGCACGGCCAAUCACCGGUCAACAGGCUGGCGCCAACAUGCAAACGCGUCCGGUUGCCCCGCAGCUGGCCGCCUCACAGGCACGACCGCAGAACUACAAGUACACGCCGAAUAUGCGCAACCCACAGGUUCCGCAGCAGGUCCCGAUGCAGCCGCAGCAAGUUAGCCAACAGGCUGUCAUCGUUAAAGGACAAGAGCCGCUUACGGCUACGAUGCUUGCCGCUGCUCUUCCGGCCGAGCAAAAGAACAUGCUUGGCGAGCGACUGUUCCCGCUGAUCGAAGCCAUGUACCCGGCGCUGACGGGCAAAAUUACUGGCAUGCUGCUCGAGAUCGACAAUUCCGAGCUGCUCCACAUGCUGGAGCACCAUGAGUCGCUGAAGGCCAAGGUUGAGGAAGCCGUCGCCGUGCUGCAUGCUCACCAGGCCAAAACGCAGUCCAACUAAGUUUUGCAAGCUUAAUGAAACCCUUCUCUCGUCGCAAACGUAUUAUUUCCGCCGCUCCCCCGAUAUAUCGCCCCAACACAAUGGUGUAGUUUCUGUUUUUGUCAUUUUGCAUCUACGUCGUGGAAUUGUUGUGGAAAGAUAACGGCCCCGGAUUCACGCGUUAGUGAGCUACUUUCGAAAGGUUGAACCACUUCAUUUGCUGCUCGGAUGAUGGACAUCCAUCGGUUAUUGAUGAUCGCUCAAAUAUUGGAAUCCGAUUUACCUGGUGGCCGCUACAGUACCAUUGACAGAAACGACAUUAUUUCCUUUAGAUUACUGAUUUCAUUGUCCUCAAAAGAGAGGCGCCCCUCAAAUAACCCUUACAAUGGCGAGAAUUUCUGGGUGGUCCGGCGGAUUCACAAUUAUAUCGUCAAAAUAUUUUCAACUAUUCACAAAAUAAUAUUGAAUAAAAGCCCCGUUCAGUUUUUUUUGUAGCGCGAGAGAGGGGCUUACAUUACGAUUUCUAAUGCUUGUGCGGCGCGCUCUUCUUCCCGCACGCACUAAAGCAUAAUCAACAUAAUAUCUAUCAAAUAUUAUAUACAUUGAAGAAGAAAAACCUAAAUAAUAUAAUGAUAAAAAGCUACAAAAAAAUGGAAAACAACUAUAAAAUCGCAAUUGAUGCAAAAAUGUAACAUUAAAAAAGAUCGUAAAACUGGCAGGAAAGAUUCCUCUCUUUCUAGCAUUGAAAAUGGAAGUAUGUGGCCGCAGAGACAAACUGAAAUGCUACGCAAAAAAGAACAGCAACAGAAAAUUUACGAAAAUCGCAAAAACAAAGCAAAAUAAGGAGAAAACCCCUGUUUGAUGGUCUACGAAAGCGCCUUCGAUGGAUGAACCAUUUGUAAUCGUUUGAUAAUUUGCCUAGGGCGAUCUAUUACGGGACAUUAUGAUGUAGAAACCCGGGAAAGCGUACCACUAGAAGGACGGACAUACAAUAGUAUGAAUGCUCAAUCUAUCUAACGAAGGAAAGCCACAAAAUCAAGGUUUUGGCAAGUGUAUGCUGUUUAUAUACGUAGGUAGGAAAGAACACCCGCAAAAAUGUGUGAAUUUCGUUGCAAACCAAUUUGGAGCAAACAAAAAUCAUUUAAGAAACAAAAAAACAACCAAACAAAAGAUCCUAUUUCAAUGAGAUACAACAGAGCAACCGAUGCGACAGUCUGAACAUAUAAAAGAAAUAAAAGUAAAAAUCUUAAAAAUAACCAAAAAAAGUGAAAAUACCCAUGAAAACAAAAAACAGAAAAACUGACGUAAUGAGAAGCAGGAAGAGAAGAUGAUUGAAAGGGGAUUUGCGGCUAGUUGGGGGCACACAAAACGUGGAACGACAGAUAGCAAUUGGCUUCGAUUGCCACUCUUCUUUCCCACUGGUGUGCGCAUCACAACAGAUCGCGCGGACGCGCAAAGGCGGGCCGUAGAAUGAGAGAAUGAAACAACACAACAAAAAAACUGAAAAAUCUGCAACUGAAAAUUAGACAAACAAAAAGACGAAACACAAGAGAGAUCAGACGGCGAGAGAGGCAGGGAAAAAUAUGAGUAGGUCAUCAAAAGAGAGAGGGGUGGUGGAACCACUUUAAAUGGGCAUUCGAGUGCAGUCGAGAGAAAGAAGCACGAUCCUCCUCACUUCUGGCCAAAAUUAAGCAAUUUUCGUCGUGUUCCAGGUGAAAAGAAACACUUUUCUUUUUGGUUUUCCCUUUGCAUGUUUCGUCGUCGUGUGUGUGUCUGUGAACAUUCACUGUCGUCAUGAGCAUUCUGAGAACUAGCUUUUUCGUGUUUAGAAAUGUUACACAACGCUUGGAAGGGGGCGCAAUAAGUUAUUCAUUGCUAGCGAAGCGGAGGGCACCAGCGUGUACGAUGAUGACCCCUUACGGAGCAGGUUGCAGAACCUUCGUCUACACUAGUUUGCUGGCCCCACGAUCAAUUCGUGCUCCAAUUUUUGUUUAGUUUGUUCCGUUGCACGCGCUUCAGAUGAAUCGAAAGUUUCAAAAAGAUUUGUUCAGUUUUUUACGUGAAACCACGCGCUGCCGGUAGUGUAGCUUCGUUCGAAGUCAAUUUGUUUUGUGUUCCGUCAGUAGAACUUGCGAAUCGAAUACUUCUUCUACCAUCGGAAGAAAUGUUUUUCGGGGCUUAAAGAACACGACAAGCCUUGUAGUUAUCGACACUCUUGGGCGAGCGGUUCUUGACGAGAUAUUGAUGGUAGUAACAGCUUUGUUGGACAGACGGUUAGCAGAAAGGGACAUCGUAGUUUCUGCGAUUCUACAAAGAGCAGGAACACCGCAGUGAGAAUGAUCUUAAACAUCAUAAAACGAGAGUGGUUCUCUUUAUCCGUAACGGAUUUUCGUCCCACAAUGAGUUUUGCUGCAAGUGGCUGCAUCUAUGGUUAGUGGAGAAGAGGAUGUGUCAAGGGCCAACAUUUUGACCGCUAACCGCCCUAUGCAGUUGGUGUUCGCAAAAGUAAUGGGAACAAGAAACCUCCAAAAGAAGCUACUUAGACACAACCUCAGUUCCCACUAUCCUUAUCCUUGCUCUGACUAUGAAGACACCAUCACGGUAAGGUGUGCGAAAAGACGAAGGAAGGAUAAUAUUUGUUUCAAAACGGCCCCCACCGACAGGAAAAACACCCACUUCAGUCAGUUUCAAGCAACUACGGGGGGCUGCAUAGGUUUAUAGGCGGGACAUUUGAGAUACCCUCUCGAGUCGAGCUAUAGCAGCAGAUCAGAUACGAGGAUGACGCUAGUAGCUUCGCAUAAUUUGAACUCUCGAAAAUUGGAAAAUUAUGAGAACGGAGAGCGGUAAGGAUGAUGGUAAGGAUUGUUGUUCUGCAUACUAGAAAACAUCUGAAUGAAACUUUGUUCCACAACCUUUCCCGGCUCGCUCUCUGGUUCUCUUCUCUGAAAUCACAUUGAAGCACUCCAAAACAUUUUGCGGUAUAUGGUCAAUAAGGCGAAGGUGUAUACGUCGAAUCCGUAGAAGCAUGUGUGUCUUCACCAAUUGGAGAUGUAAAACGUGUGCAUUGGCCAUGAUUUUCGACCAUCAAAGAAUGCUUUCAGUUCAAUAAAUCAGUUACAGGAUUUUGGGUCAACCUGAAGGUGUAUAAGAGAAAUUUUCAAAAUACAUGUUUCAAUUUCAAUAAAACCGA